GUUUCAAAUGUGUGUGAAACAUUUAGUAACAAGAGUUAAUAAAGAUAAAUCCAGAUUAUUGUCAUGUAAUUAAAUCAAAGCAGCGUUGCAGUGAAACGAUCCAUAAGCUCAGACUCCUUAUCCUCCGUCCCUCCCCUCGUCCACCAGGUGCUGUGGCUGCCCUCAGACCUGCGCGCUCUGGUCCAGGAGAUGGAUCCUGAGCUCCAGCAGACGUCUGGCAGCCGGCUCCCUCUAGAGGAGCUGCAGAGUAACAACAUCAUGAAACUCAAUCUGCACUACAGCGCCAUGUCUGCUCAGCUCGUCAGAGAGUACGCUGCAGUGAACAUCAGCACCAACCUGUAUGUGAUCAGUCAGCCGUGGCUCUUCUCUCUGGCCUGGUGCUCUGGAGUCCAGUCUGUCACCACCAACGCUCCUCAGAUCCUCACAUCCAUGAGGUCACCACUGCUCGUCAUGAGUCCAGAUGAGUAUAACCUGAUGUGGAUUCUCACUGAUGUGGCGUCCCUCGUGUUGAUCCUCGUCAUCUUCUUCUUUCACUGGUGGAGAGAGCGAGGUCUGGCGUUCUGCACGGGCGGCAAAAUCACACCGGACAACGGGACGUACAGCAAAUUCAAAACGGAGUUGAGCGAUAUCUGGUCGGUUUCCAGCACUCACUCUCAGGCAGAGAGGACGCCCAACCUGGCGACCGUGUCCGAGCACUGACGUCUGCCGAGCUGAAAACACACAGAGCCUGAAACUGCCAAACCUGUAAGAUCUCAGCAGAGUACUUUGUCAAGUGCACUUUGUUUUAAUUAAAGUGAUGCAAACAAU